CCUUCUCGUUUUACAACAAGCAUAGCAUCCAAGCUAUAACAACAACAACAGGGUGUGUGACUUGAUAAUCCGAUCAUAAACCCUAAUUUCUUCUUCAACUCCUUAAAUCUCAGGCCUUGUCGUGGACGAUUUGGAUGGGGAUAAUAAGGAGUAGCUUCUCCUUUAUAAUGGGGACGUGUUGCGGAGUUUACAUCGCCCAAAACUACAACGUUCCAAAUAUCAAGAAGGUCGCCAACACGGCUCUCUUCAUGGCCAAGCACGUCGAGGAGAAGUACCGCAAGCCCAAGAAGAAGGAAGAGGACCAAGAUUAGUUGCGACUUUCAAAAUAUCAGGUUUUUCGAUUUGGGAAAAUUUUCCCUAUUUUUUUGUUUUUGAUUUUAUACUGAGUGGAAAUUGUACAAGAAGAAGAGGCAAUAAGAGGAGAGGAUUUAUUAUAGAUAACUUUGUAAUGAAACUCGUCAUUUUUACUGUGAUUUGAUUUUCAUUGUGAAGACAUAUCAAAUGGUUAUCUGAAACAUACUUGAUUUUGUUCAAUUAAAGAGUUAGACUUUCUGUGUUUGGUGGCGUUUAUUUAAAAGGAUUAUUAGUUUUCUUGUCAAGGUAUAAUGGGUAGAGAAUUGAGUUUGCAGUUUCUGCUGUUGUACAGUGUAGAAUUGGAGAGCAACCCAGAUAAACUACUCGCCAGUACUAGUAAAAACUCAAUGUUUUCAGAACAAUACGCACAUAUAUGUACUAGUUACGGUAGACCAAUAAUGCUUGUUGCAUAACUCCUAUCAGCCAAUCUGAAUUUCAAAUUACUUGAGGACUUUCUCUGGUACCAUUGCUUAGAUUCCCCCCUGACUACUAUUUGUUAAAUAAACUCAUAGUGGACCUUUGGCUAGUAUGGAGAAUUUUUGGGAUGGAUUGCUACCAUUCAUACAUGUUUAACUUUAUUUUAUUGCGACUAGACUAGUUCAUCUGCUGAAAUUUACCAACAUUGGGAGGCAUAUUAUGAGAAAUGAAACCCAAAAACACUUCACAGGAGCAAAUCACGGGCUCGCUUAGACAUACCCCUCAUGGAUUGCUCAAUUUGACCAAUUAUAGGGUCUAAUUUUUUGUCUGGUUGAUGAGUGUUUUGCUUUUAGUAUGACUCUGUAAUUCUUACUGGUAAUUAUUUUGUCAAGAAUGCAAUAUUGCUUGAUUGAACUCUUGGGACUCUUAACUAUGUAAGAACAAUACGGCUACUCUCUCUGUUUUGCUAUUUUGAUUUGCACUAUAAAAUUUCUUUCUUUUUUUCUAAA